GAUGACUUCCGAAGGAAUAAAUUGUGGGGAAAAUGAAGUUAAGUAGUGUGACCCAUUAAAAUCACAUCUACCUUUGUCUCUAUCAUCAUCAAAUCAUCCAAAAAGAUGGCUAAAACAGAACAAUUUCAAGCCUUUCUCGAUAAACAUGUCAAACAAGGAACCGCUCCUGGUUUGCAAGGUGUAGUGUUUAAUCGUGACGGAAUCAUUUUCAGCGGAUUUAGUGGUUUACGAUCCGUUGGAAAGGAAGGUGAAGCACCUCAACCAAUGACUCAAAGAACACUUCAUUGGGUUGCAUCUUGCUCAAAACUCGUUAUUUCAAUCAUGGUCUUUCGUGCCUUAGAACAAGGUUAUGGAAAGGAAAAAGGGAUCACCCUAAACUCCCUCGAUGAUCAUGAAGCUUUAAUCAAAAUCUUACCUGAAUUCAAACAUGGAAGUGGUAGCAACGUAACACAAAUCAUUACUGGUUUCAGUGACGAAAAGGACGCAGAUGGUAAACGAAAGCCAAUCUUGAAACAGAGUAAGAACAAAGUUACCUUGCGUCAAUUACUCACCCAUUCUUCUGGUUUGGCAUAUUAUUGGAAUCAUCCUUUAAUGAAAGAAUGGUACGAGCCAUCGGAUGGAAGCACGGCAAAUGGUAUCUUAGCCUUUGCUUCUGGAAGAAUUGCAGACUUUGAAGUUCCACUUGUAUGCGAAGGAAAUCAACAUUACGAAUACGGACCGAAUACCGAUUGGCUAGGUCAAUUCAUUGAACGUUUGACAGGCAAGAAUCUACGUGCUGCUUUUAUCGAGUUGAUCACAAAACCUCUUCAAAUCUCAAACGAAACGAUGGACGUCAUGAUCUCAAAGCUCUUGCAAUCAAACGGUGACAAGUUUGAACAUGCAAUGCCUGUUGUACGUUUACCUGCCGAUCCCAAUGCAACUGCUGACAACGGCUCAAACAGUGGAGCUGCAAAAGUAGAACCACCAAAAGGUGCAUUCUUACAAGUUGAUUUACCACUUUACGAGCCGGCUGAAGAAGAAGCUCCAGCCGGAUUUGCACAUUUUGCCAGUGCACCUAUUCAUGCCAAUUUGGAAACAUAUGCAAAAAUUUUACAAGCAACUUUAGCGAAAGAUGAAAGAUUGUUAUCCAAACAAACAUGGGACUUAAUACAAAAAGAUGACACCACACCACGUGGAGUGAUUGUUAAAGAAGAAAAUAUGUCAACAUACAUGUUGAACCUCUCGAAUAAAAUCGAACGAUUCUUUGAUGUCGAUCAAGGCAAGCAUAUUAAAGAUGGCGCAGAUGUGUCUGCAGGUCAAAAUAUGCUACAAACCUAUGUCGCAAGAGUUGAAACCAAUUCAGGAUUAUCUGUUGGUUCGUUCAGCUGGGCAGGUUUAGGAAAUACGUAUUAUUUCAUUGACCCCGUCAAAGGUGUUGGAGGUGUGUUUGGAACACAACUUUUACCAUUCUAUGAUUCUCAAAUGAUUCAAGCACGAUAUGAAUGGGAAAAGUUGAUCACUUCAACUGUUGCUUGAAUGACUGGGAUGUGUUUUCGAGACGGAUUAUAACGACGAAGGAAUGGAAUGACUGGUUAUGCUACUCUCUUGUGCUCGCUUCCAUGCUGAAUGAUAUG